AAAAACAAGUUCGCGAGCCCGACGCCCCUCGGCUACCGCGACAUGAAUUUGAACGUCAGCGUGCGCCUCGACGACGGUCGAAAACAUCUCGCCGAGGUUCAGCUGAAUUUAAAAAGCGUCGCGGACGCCAAGCACAUCGCCCACGAGCAGUAUGAGGUGAUUCGAUUAGCACUACCGAAGAUGUGCGAGGGCACGAGCGUUGGCGCGGGCGCGCUCGAGAAGUAUAUCGCUGGUCGCUUGCGGUCUUCGGCGCUAGAUUCUGCCGUGACCUCGCUUGAGCGCAAGGCUGGCGGACUCAUGCUCUACGCACGCCUCAUCGCAGAGCAGCUCGCGUCCACGACGGGCAAGAUCGACUUUGCGAGCGUCGGCGCGCUGCCGGCGGGCCUCGACGAGAUCUACGCCGAGAACUUUCGACGCGUGUUUGUUGAUGAUGGCGCGUGGGGUGAUGCGCUGCCGCUCAUUGAAUUAAUUUGCGCUGCUGCCGAGCCGUUGACAAUUGACGCUGCGAGUGUGGCGCUCGGCUGGGAUCAGGAUCGCUGCGAGCGUCUCUGCGCGAAUGUGUCGCUGUUGUUCCCGCUCCGCGAGGGCGAGGUGAUUGGUGUUUUACACAAGACAGUGACGGACUGGCUAACCGGUGAGGCGCCUUUCGACAAGCGCUCUUCUGAGGACGCGUUCUUCGUCGCGCGGGACGCGGCGCACCGGCGGCUGGCGCGGGCGUGUGCUCGGGCGAUUCGUGCUGAGGGUCUGGAUACGGAGUCGUACUCGAGCGACGCGGCUGCGGACGUGGUGCUCGCUUCAUUCGUCGAGGGCGACGGCGGCGUGGCGUCGGAUGCUUAUGCGUUGCGCUGGUGUUUGUUUCACAUGAAGCGGUCCUCUUCCGAGGGCGAGGCCAUUGCCGUGGCGUGUGCCUUGUCGUACGUGCAGAAACGGGUCGAGGCUGGCGACAUCGGUGCAUUUGCUGGUGACCUCGAUGUGAUUGAGGGUCGUGACGCGCUGCUCCUGCGUGAUGCGUUGGUGUUGUCGCGGCGCGCGCUCUCACAGGGCGCGGUGCUUGUCGAGCAGUUGUGGCAGCGCUUGACACCACGCGCCGAUACGGAGUCGUCUCCUGCCGCGCGCCGCCUGGCCGACGAUGCGAAGCGUGCGGCGAGCAAGCAGUCGCUCUUGGCCGUGCGACCGAUGCUUACUGCUGCUGGUGGGGCGGAGCGGUGUCGCAUUGAGGUCGGGUCUGAAGUGCUUGCUGUGGCGACGUUCGUGGAUCCGGCGACGGGUGAGCCGCGGGUUGCUUGUGCGUCUGGAAACAAGGUGGAGAUCUAUGAUCCGGUCGCGGGUGGCGCGGCGCUGGUCGUGAUUGAUGUGGGCUCGCGGGUGUAUGCGCUGGCGGUCUUCAAAGACCCGGCGACGGGCGAGCUGCGGCUCGCUUGUGGAUGGAGAAAGGUGCGCAUUUAUGACCCGGUCGCCGGUGGCGAGGCACUGCUCGUGCUCGAGGUGGGCUCUCGGGUGAAAGCAUUGGCUCUCUUCGUGGACCCGGCGACGGGCGUGCUGCGGCUCGCUUGUGGCUGUGGAUCCGGCGACGGGGGCGCUGCGGGUCGCGACCGGGUCGGAUGAUGGGACGAUUCGCAUAUGUGAUGCGGAGACUGGUAGUGCGCUGCUCGUGAUCGACGUCGGCGAGCGGGUGUUAGCGCUUGCGUUCUUUGUGGACCCGGCGACGGGCGCGCCGCGGCUCGCUUGUGGUACGGGCAAAUGGGACCAAGGGACGCGGUCAGAUAUUGGCGACGUGCGCGUCUUCGAUGCGGUCGCGGGCGGCGAGGCGCUGGUUGUCCUUGAUGGGCACACAGACUACGUGCGAGCGUUGGCAUUCUUCUUCGCGGACCCGGCGACUGGCGAGUUGCGGCUCGUGAGCGGAUCGGACGACAAAACUGUGCGCGUCUUCGACCCGGUCGCUAGUGGUCAAGCGCUGGUCGUGAUCGACGUUGGCUCGGACGUGAACGCGCUGGCGUUCUUCGCGGACCCGGCGACGGGCGAACCGCGGCUCGCGACUAGCUCUGGACAGGUCUUUGACCCGAUUGCGGGCGGCGACGCAUUGGUCGUGCUCGAAGGGGGCGGUAGCCCGCUGGUCGUAUUCACAGACCCGGCGACGGGCGGUCUUCGCCUCGCGAGCGGAUCGAACGAAUCCGUGCGCGUCUGGGACUUGGCCGCGGGCGCGGCGCUGUUCGUGCUCGAGGGACACACAAGCGCCGUUUUCGCGCUGACGGCCUACGCGGACCCGGCGACGGGCGAGCCGCGGCUCGCGAGUGGGUCAUGGGACAAGACCUUGCGGGUGUGGGACGCGAGCAAGGGUGGUGCGGCGCUGCGGAUGGUUGCUUUUGAUGACGAGGUUAGGGCCUUGGCGGUCAGUAGCGACAUGAGCGGGCUCUUUGUGACUUUCGGGAAGCGGUGGGGGGAGUUUCGCAUCGAGAGCGGCACGACGCCACUGACGCUUGCGUGUUACAAGGGUGACGUCGCCGCAAUAAGCGAUCUUCUUCAGAAGGGCGCUGGCGUCGACCAGCAAGAUGAUGACGGUUAUACGCCACUAUUCGUUGCAAGUUUGAAAGGGCACGUCGAUGCCGCGCGCUUGCUGCUCGAUGCGGGUGCUACGGUCGAUAAGAGGCGUGAGGGUGAUUGGUCGCCGUUCGGGAUUGCGAGCGUUCGUGGACACGUCGACGUGGCGACGCUAUUGGUAGACCGAGGUGCAGCUGUGGAUAUGUGCUUGGAUGGUACGACGCCGCUUCUUGUUGCUAGUCGUAACCAGAACCUCGACGGAGCCUUCACUGUGCCCGAUGACACGAAAAAGCGCGCGGUCUGGCUUUGGGAUAAGGAAACGGUGGCGAAAGCGCUAGAAGAGGCUGAGCUCGACGUAUCGGCGCCUAACAGAAACGGAAGAGAUAUUCUGCUCGGUGGGGGUGGGGAUGACUGGACAGAAGAUGAGUCUGACAAGGUAAUGGAGGAGUUCCAUCGGGUCGCGCUCAAGUUCAUGCAGGACCAGGCCAGAGCAGGCGACGGAGCCUUCACUGUGCCCGAUGACACGAAAAGGCGCGCGGUCUGGCUCUGGGAUGAAGAAACGGUGGCGGAAGUGCUAGAAGAGCUAGAGGAUGAUAUGGAAGGCUCGGCGCCUGAGCUGAACGGAAAACAACUUCUGCUUGGCGGAGGUGACUGGGCGGAGGGUGAUUCUGACAAGGUGAUGGAGAUGAUCCGUCGGUGCGCGAUCCUGUUCAUGCAAGACAUGGCGAUGAGGGAUGAUGACGAUUAG